UCUAGGGGUGUUUUUAAUGAUUGGGUCCCGAAUUCAUGGGGUUGUAAUGACUCCUGUGCAAGGAAACUCGACUUCCCACGUCCACAAUUCUUCAGGGUCAGGGUCUUCUCUAAGGGACCUCCUGUACUCAGACCCUUCAACAAGUUGGACUUCUGAAGAUAGUGAAAACUAUUCUGCAGGUCCACUAGAAAGACUGGAAUGUCUGAUGAAUCAAUCAGGGAAUAUGUUUUGUGCAGAUUGUGGCUCCCCAGAACCCAAAUGGGUGUCAAUAAGCCUUGGAGUAUUCAUAUGUAUCAAAUGUUCUGGUGUUCAUAGAAGUCUUGGAGUGCACAUAUCAAAGGUUCUAUCUGUGAAGCUAGAUGAAUGGACAGAUGAAAAGGUUGAUACUUUGGCUGACAUGGGUGGAAACACUGUAGCAAACAUGAAAUACGAAGCUAUGUUACCAGAUAACUUCAAAAAGCCAAUACCAGAUUCCACUAUAGAGGAGCGUUCUGAUUUCAUUAGGAGAAAAUAUGAGCAGCUACAAUUUUUCUGCGCCGUUGACCAUCUGGAUACUUUUUCUAGCAUACAUAGUAUGAACUACAGUGAUUUUUGCCCCAAUCCAUCUAAUCUGAGUUGCCCUUUUCCACCUGUUCCGAGUGUAUCAUCCUCCCAGAACAGUUCUUCAUGCAAUAACUCAUCCAAGGACAAGAGAAGUGAUGAGAAACAUCCCACUGGACAUCGUAUUCAUGGACUUGGGCAUGCAUUCCGCAACAGUUGGAGAAGAAAGGAAACUGAGCACAAAGCUGCAAAGAAAGCAAACUUAACAGCGGGUAUGGUUGAAUUCAUCGGAUUGAUAAAGGUCAACAUCAUUAGGGGCACCAACCUAGCCAUUCGAGAUGUAAUGACUAGUGAUCCUUAUGUCAUCCUCACACUGGGACAGCAAACAAUGAAGACGCGUGUAAUAAAGAACAACCUGAACCCAGUCUGGAAUGAAAGGCUAAUGUUAUCAAUUCCAGAACCCAUCCCACCUCUAAAGUUGCUUGUUUAUGACAAGGAUACAUUCACACCAGAUGAUCGCAUGGGAGAGGCUGAGAUUGACAUCCAACCCUUGGUCACUGCUUCCAAAGUUCAUAAGAAUUCCACCAUCACUGAGUACAUUGAGCUCGAAAAAUGUAUAGCUAACAAACACAAUGGCUUAGUAAAGGACAGCAUUAUCAGCCUAGUAGAUGGAAGGGUAAAGCAAGACGUUACAAUCAAGCUGCAGCAUGUCGAGCGUGGAGUGUUAGAGGUUGAGCUUGAAUGUGUUCCUCUUAGUCAAUGAGGCCAGAUUUAUUAUUAUGUAAAGAAAGUCAAAUACACAAACAGUUGUUUCUAUAAUGCCAACAACACACUAGAAUCUGCAUCACUGAAUGCGUUUUGGGAAGAUCAGUCAACCCUACAAUUGUGUGCCAUUGAAUCAGAUACUUGUUUGUAUUCAUAAAUCUUCAAUUAGC